UUGUUCAGAUGUCAUAUCUUAGAAAAUACCAAGGAGAGACUUUUCAGAGGUAUCCAGCUGGCGCGUGACUUGCAUGGACGAGUGGUGAAGAGAGAUUGUGCGAUCAUACUUGAACAACUCAAGCAAUACGGUGAGGCAGCCGAUCUGUACGAGCUUGGUCAAUUCUAUGAUCGCGCAGCAGCUGUAUGCAUGAAGGCAAAAGCUUGGGGAAAGGUUGGCGAACUUCUACCAAAGGUUCGAUCUCCAAAAAUUCAUGCACAGUACGGAAAGAUAAUGGAGGCCGAGAAGCGCUACAAGGAAGCGGCCGUGGUUCGGAUGCUUUUGGACCAUCUGAACAUGGCCGAAGAGGCGGUGAAAGUCGUUCGAGAAAGUCGAAGUGUUGAAGGAGCGAAACUGGUUGCGAAAUUCUUCUCCCAACUGGGCGAUCACGCAUCUGCCAUCCGUUUCUUAGUGUUGAGUAAUUGCCAUCAGGGUUUACCGACUCUCUUAUCACCUUUUGAAGACCUCAUUUCCUUUUAUCAUUAA